CUAAACAGGCAGACCAAACCUACCUCUCUCUGGUCUCAUUUCGUCCGUCCAUUCUUGUUAGGGUUUUUGGCGCCGGCGUUGCGCCAACGCCCGCCCUCAGCCUACCUUCUUCUCCACCCUUUCAACCGUGCUUGCUUGAACCCGGCGCGAACAUCAGGAGCCAUAGCGAUAGGGUUUCCACCCACGUAGAAGUUCGGGGGCUCCUCUCUCUCUUUCCCCUUCCUGUCCCUGGUUAUCAUCUUGCCUCCGCCACGCCGUCUCCUGCUCGCUGCGGUCCUCGCACAUUCGUCCCGACUCGUGCUGGGAAUGGUAUUUUGUGAUUAGAAGUUGGGAUAAAACUAUAGUUCCUAUCAUGAUGGGAACGGGCGUCUUAUCUUGUUAUAAGGCGUCAUCUUGCUGAAGCUUGUUUAAGAGUUCUCUUUCUGGUGAAGAGGGGCUGGGUGAGCGAAAUCACCUUUUUGCUUCAUUGUCUAAGGGUCCUCUUUCUUGAGAAUCUGCAAUAUAAUUAUGAGCUCUCUAUCUGAAAACUUAUGCAAAGCAUUAUCAUUAUGAUUUAGUAUUGUUGUAUUUGGUUAUGAAUUACAGUAAAUUGAGUUAGUUCUGAAUAGUUAUAAAAUUUUGCAUAACAAUAUCCUGUUGUUAUAUCCUCAUAAUUCAAAUUUAUACAUUUUGAUUAACAUUUUAAAUACUCAUUAUUUUUUGCUCCUAGAUAAUUUGGAUUUGUGGGAACAAUCAUCUAUUGCAAUUGCGAACCUGGGAUUUACUGGUUCUUUGACUGCUGAAUCCUCUUUGAAAUUUUUAGUUCCAUGCAUUCAUGUUGCUGCGGAAGCUAGGGAUGCUUCUGCAAGAAUGCUCAACAAAGAGGACUUUCAGACUUGGCGUUGCACUCCAUGCUUCAGUUGUCAAGAACGGUGUGGAGUCUGACCUCUUUCUUUCAAACCAUCUAAUCAAUAUGUAUGCCAAGUGCAAAGAUUUUGAAUCUUCAAAUUGUAUAUUUGAUCACAUGCCAAUUAGAAACAUAGUAUCAUGGUCAGCUCUGAUUGCUGGGUAUGAUCAAGCCAGCAACCCAUCCAUUGCUUUGAAUCUGUUUGCUCAAAUGCCAUUUCAGCCCAAUGAAUAUAUCUACGGAAGCAUUAUUAGUUCUUGUGCAACCCUUUUUGCCCUGGCACAGGGUAGACAGGUGCAUGGUCAAUCAUUGAAAAAUGGGUAUGAAGGCAUAUCCUUUGUCUAUAACUCUUUGAUGUCUAUGUACAUAAAAUGUGAUUGCAUGGAUGAUGCUCUACGCAUCUUUAGAAGCAUCUUGAAACCAAAUUCUAUCUCUUACAAUGCAAUGAUCACAGGAUUUGCUGAGAAGUUCAAACUGGAUAAGAGUUUGGAGCUAUUCAGACUUAUGAACCAGCAAGGUUUGCAUCCAGAUGAAUUUUCUUAUGUGGCUCUGCUAGGAAUAUGCUCAACUGUGGAUGAUUUGGUAUUAGGCCUUGAAUUGCACUGCCAGACGGUCAAACGGGGUCUUGACACCACAGCUUUUGUUGGAAAUGUUAUCUUAAAGAUGUACUCAAUAUGCAAUUUAUCUGAAGAGGUAGAUAAAGCUUUUAUGUCGAUCAAUAAUAAGGAUAUCAUAACAUAUAACACUUAUAUUGAUGCAUGUUCCAAUUGUCAGGAGCAUAUGAAAGGGUUGAUGUUGUUUAGAGAGAUGACUGUAAUGGAGAAUAACUCUAGUUUAAGUCCUGAUGCAUUCACCACAGCUAGUGCUUUGGCUAUAUGUGCAGAACUUGCUUUAUUUCACUAUGGAGGUCAGAUUCAUGCCCAUUUAGUAAGAACUUGGAUGAAUCUUGACAUAGUCCUUUUUAAUGCUCUCAUUAACAUGUAUGCUAAGUGUGGCUGUAGCCGAUAUGCUAUGCUUGUGUUUGAUUUGAUGCCGAUUAAUAAUGUGAUAUCUUAUAACACAAUCAUUGCCGGGCUUGGGAACCAUGGGCACGCAAUGACCACUUUGGAAAUUUUUGAGCAGAUGAAACGUGAAGGAUUCACUCCCGAGUCUGUCACAUUCAUUGGACUUUUAACAGCUUGCAGCCAUGCUGGCCUAGUUGAUGAAGGUUUGACAUUAUUUAAUUCAAUGGAGGAAACAUAUGGAAUAUGUCCUGAAAUCGAACACUUAUCUUGCUUGAUUGAUAUGUUGGGUCGAUCUGGGAGAUUGCUAGAGGCUGAGGAUUACAUUAAAAUGUCUCCCUAUCAGAAUGACUAUGUGAUCUGGGGCAACUUGCUUUCCUCAUGCCGCCUUCAUAAAGAUGUUGCUAUUGGAGAACGGGUAGCUAUUAAGCUUUUGGAACUUCAACCGAGCACUAGUUCACCUUAUGUUCUCUUGGCAAAUUUAUAUGCAUCAGAUGGAAAGUGGGAGGGAGCUGCUGAAGCUAGGAAAUUGUUAAGAUAUAGUAGGGUGAAGAAGGAGCCUGGUUAUAGUUUGAUAGAAGUAAAAGGAGUGGCAGAAAAGUUCACAGUUGGUAAUUUUUCACAUGAACAGAUUGGAGAAAUUGUAGCAACAUUGGACAGCUUACACUGGAUAACAGGAAAGGUUCAUGAGUGAAUCUACAUUCCUUUGAUAACAAGGGACCUGCAGGUGCUUAUCAAAUAGAUCAUGGAAUCAAUGUUAAUUAUCAUUUUGUAGUCCAAUUUCUGCAGAGCAUGUUAAUGUCAAAACCAGAGUCGAAGUCCUUUAAGGUUCCUAAUACUGAGAAUAUUGUUGAAAAGGGGAAGGCUCCCUUCAAAAAUCAGACACAUAAUCUGCAUAAGAUUUGUGGAGGUUUGCAAACUACUACGUACACUGCUAGUGGGUUGCUGUCUGCUGCUGUCUGCAAGUGUUGAUGCUCUUGAAAGUAUUUGCUGGAAACAUCCCUAGCAAUCAGAAUUAUGGGAUUGAUAAUGCAUAUAAUGAUGAAUCCGUUACCACUGAAGGGAUAGUUGAUGACCAGAAUCUGACAGAUGCAGUGAUGGUCAAUUAAGACUGUUCUUAUGGUACUGCAUAAGAGCCAUUUGGAGGAUGCAAGAAAGGGAGGCUUGUUUUGUGCCACUGAUUCAUUGAUAUCAAACUUCAUUAUUCCCUUGCAGGGAAAUCACAUUUCGUGUGCCAAUGGGAGAAAAUUCAUUGUUUUCUGAACAUCACACUCAAACUGGGCGGUGCUUAUCAGUUAGGAGACCAAACUCGCAGGUGACCAAACUUCCAUCAUUUGUCGAUUACAUUUCAACAUGGCUUCUCAUCUAUUAGUACUUGUUUGGUGCAAAUUUUGUUGAUUAUUGUUAAUCUUUACUGAUAAAUUUUUUGUUGAAUGUAAUUUUAUGUGAUUAUAGCUUAAAGGUGUUCAUGCAAGUUCCCUGCUGCUCAAACCAAGCGUAGGGGUAUUUUUCAAUCCUUUCUGAGAUUACAAGUCUGUCAAAAUUUAUCAAAAUACCUACAAAAAUAAGUUUCAGGAGCGGACAUCCUUUGGGAGAAUAGAGACAUCGGAUUAAUCAUUUGUUCUUAUUUCAAAACUAUCUAGUGAGUUGAUAAAUAGAACAAACUUUUCUGAAUCAGUUGAAAGAUUCUUCCUGUCA